GGACGACACACGCCCCUCUAUAAAUUCCGCUCCACCUUGCAGUCAGCACCAGCACUCAACAGCAGCAGCAACCAAAGAGUGAACCAAUAAAACAAUGCAAUCUCUACAGGAAAAGGCUUCCGAAUGGAGUGGGGUUGACCCGAAUGAUGCAUUCGCCAUUGAUGAAACCAAUCUCUUUGAAAAGCUUGGCCUUCAGACUUUCAUCAAUUUAUCUACCAAUUUCUAUAACAGGGUCUAUGAUGAUGAGGAAGAGUGGUUUCGUUCAAUUUUCUCUAAUUCAAGUAAAGAAGAUGCCAUUAGGAAUCAAUAUGAGUUCUUUGUACAAAGAAUGGGAGGGCCUCCUUUGUACUCACAGAGAAAAGGCCAUCCAGCAUUGAUUGGUCGCCACCGCCCAUUUCCAGUCACUCAUAAGGCUGCAGAAAGAUGGUUACACCAUAUGCAACAAGCACUAGAUAGUGUUACAGACAUUGAUGAAGAUUCCAAAAUUAAAAUGAUGAACUUUUUCAGGCACACAGCAUUCUUUCUGGUAGCUGGAGAUGAGUUGAAGAAUCCAAACCAGGGUGUUGCAUGCAAGCAUGCUACCAACAAGCCAGCUGCAGCAUAAACUUAUACCAAAAUUGAUCAAAGAAUUAACAAUAAUGGAGAAAGGUUGUAGAUACACCGACUCUACAAUUCAUUAAUGUAGCAGGAAGAAAGACGUGGAUACACGAAGCCAUUCUCAUGAGACUUGAAGGUAUUAGGUCAUAUAUCCUCCUGGAAAUCUCGUGAGACAGAAGAAAUCCCGACUCUACAAAACUGAAAUCUUCGUUAUUUAUGAAGAGCACUUUGGUUAAACGAAAACAAUUGAAUUAAACCAAGAAAAAACACACAAGUCUUUAUUUACGACAACAAAAGCUUAAUCUGUGUCAAACUUCCAAUUCACAAUGAUCAAGAAAUCAAACAUAUUGUUUAUUAAUGGACCAAAGUAUGACCCAUAAAUUCUUUCCUACGAGACAUUCUAGAGGGAUGAGCAUAUCUAGCUGAAAAUGACCUACAAAGAUUAUCAGGCUCUACUUUUUCUGACCCUUGAUCAAAAUUCUGCACAACCAGAAGAAGAAGAAGAAGUAGUAUUAUUAUUGAAGCUUUUUUUCUUGUGCACUUUGAGUCUCCUCCAAAAAGCUAGCCACCUUGGUGAUGAAGAAGAAGAAGCACAUGAUGAUUGUAAUCUUUCCCAAGCCUAACACUUUUGCUCCAAUUCCCUUUCCCAAUUAUCCUCAUUUUUUCCUCAAUAGCUUUGAGAUUUGCAUAUAAUUCAACAAAUCUAUGGCCUUUUAUAGAUAUUGGCUACUUUUGAGACUCUCAUGGGAUGUUGAUUCCCUUUGCCCUUUGAUUAGACAAAAG